AUGGACGCCGCCGAGGCGAGGAGGAGCAGCAGCGCGUCCUCCUCACCGGAGUUCGAGUUCUGGCCGCUCCACCCCAACCCCGCCGCCUCGCCCUCCUGCGCCGACGAGCUCUUCGCCGGCGGGGUACUCCUCCCGCUCCCCGUCCUCCCACCGAAGCCAGCGUCCAGGAACAGCGGCAGCGGCAUCAGCCAAAGUGCGCCCGUGGCGGAACUGGAGCCGGAGCCGGAGGUAGGGGAGGCGUCCCUUCUUGUGACCGUCGCGCCUCCUACGGCCUCGAUUACGUCCCCGGCGCCGCCCACCGCCUCCGGAGGAGGAGGAGGGUCCAAGCGCUGGACCGACAUCUUCUCCAAGAAGCCGGCGCCGGUAGCCGAGGAGAAGGACCGGGAUAAGGAGAAGGAGAAGCGGAAGGACGGCGCCGGCAGCCGGAAACUGGGCGGCGGGCACUCCGGCGGCGGCGCAAGCUCGGAGCUGAACAUCAACAUCUGGCCCUUCUCGCGGAGCCGCUCGGCCGGCGGCGGGUCCGGGUCCGGCUCGUCCAAGCCGCGGCCCCCCGCGAGGAAGGUCAGCAGCGCGCCGUGCUCGCGCAGCAACUCCCGCGGCGAGGCCGGUGGCGCCCCUCCGCUCCGGCGGUGGGCGGCGAGCCCGGGCCGCUCCGGAGGCGGCGUGCCGGUGGGCCGGUCCAGCCCGGUCUGGCAGAUCCGACGCCCGGCGGCCAAGCCUGCGCCUGGCCCCGUCCCUGUCCCCGUCGCCUCAGCCUCAGAUCUGUUCAACGACAGGCGGGCGCCGCCGCAGCAGCAGCACAAGGAGAAACCCGCCGGCGCUGCCAACAACGGCCGGAAGCCCGGCCUGGGCGGCGGCGUCCGCAGCCUGAACCUGAGCGUGAACUCGUGCAUCGGGUACCGGCACCAGGUCAGCUGCCGGCGGGCGGACGUCGGCGCCGCCCGCGGCCCCGGCUCUGGCGUCGUCGGCGGCGGCGGGUUGUUCGGCAUCAAGGGGCUCUUCUCCAAGAAGGUGCAUUGA